AUGUCCGACAAAAUUGAAGCCCCAGAUCAGAAAUCCCCAACCCAAGAUCUUCCGCCCUCAUCCACCGCCACCAUGUCCGAAACCGAACAAUCGCCGCCUCAAUCCGUCACCACCACGGCCGCCGUCACCGAGAAACUCUCCAACGUCUCCUUCAGCAUCUGGCCGCCGAGCGAACGUACCCGCGACGCCGUCAGGAGCCGCCUCAUCGAGACCCUCUCCUCCCCCUCCAUUCUCUCCAAGAGGUACGGCACCGUCCCCCAGGAGGAGGCCGCCGACGCCGCCAAGGUCAUCGAGGAGGAGGCGUUCGAGGUGGCCGGGAAGACGGCGACCCCCGAUGACGACGGGAUCGAGAUCCUGCAGCUCUACUCCAAGGAAAUCAGCAAGCGGAUGCUUGAAAGGGUGAAGGCCAGAUCUGGCGAGCAGGAGGCUCCUGCAGCGCCAGCGGCGCCUCCGCCGUCGAAGGACGAGCCGAACAAGCCGGAGGAGGAGGACGCCGGGUCCACGGCUCCACCGAACAGUGAGAAAACCGAGUCUGUUGCGGAUGACGAAUGA